UAAUAUUAAAUAUGUAAACGUCCCAUUAAUAAUAAUAAUAGUAGUAAUAAUUAUAAUAAUACUAUAUCUCCAUUAUUAUUAUAAUAGUUUUGUAAUACAAGUGCGUUUUGUUACUAAAUCGUAUGUUGUGUCGACGAAAGUGCAAAGAUUAAACAUGGACCUGUUUACAAGUGUCUUGUGUUUUCUUGUAAACAUUGCAGUUUUUAGUGUAAAUGCAGAGUUUGUAUCGAAAUAUUACUCAGAAUACGAAUGUAACACCCCAUUGCUCGAUAGAGCUGCCUUAAAAGCCACCUCACAUUUGAGCGAAAGAGGUCCUGAAAAUGCAAGACUAGAAGGAGGAAAUGCCUGGACGGCCAGAAAUUCCGAUUUCGACCAGAGGCUGAUCAUCGAUCUUGGCCAGAUAAUGAAUGUGACCAGGAUUGCCAUCCAGGGAAGGGCUCAUAGUACUGAAUUCGUUACCGAAUUUGCAAUCAGUUACGGACAUAAUGGAUUGGACUACGCUGAUUAUAAGGAACCAGGAGGCUAUACGAAGUUAUUCAAAGGUAACAAGGAUGGCGAUUCGAUACGAUAUAACGAGUUUGAAGUUCCAAUAAUCGCUCAGUGGAUCAGGAUUAAUCCUACCAGGUGGAGGGACAGGAUCUCACUUCGAGUUGAACUUUAUGGCUGCGAUUAUAAUGCCGAAACAUUAUACUUCAAUGGUACAUCCCUGGUUCAACUGGACUUGCUAAGAGAUCCAAUAUCAGCCAGCAAGGAAUCGAUCAGGUUCAGAUUCAAAACAGCCAAAGACAAUGGAGUGCUUCUGUACAGCCGAGGCACUCAGGGUGAUUUCAUAGCCUUGCAACUUUUGGAUAACAGGAUGCUGCUGAAUAUGGAUUUAGGUUCCCGGAUGAUGACCAGUUUGUCCGUGGGCAGUUUGCUUGAUGACAACAUCUGGCACGAUGUUGUGAUUUCAAGAGACAAGAGGGAUGUUGUCUUUUCAGUCGACAGAGUCAUGAUACAAGGGAAGUUGAAGGGAGAGUUUUAUAGGCUGAACUUGAACCGGGAGUUUUACAUUGGUGGCGUCCCGAACACUCAAGAAGGCCUGGUGGUUGCUCAAAAUUUCACAGGUUGCAUGGAAAAUUUGUAUUUCAAUUCCACGAACAUCAUGUUGGACAUGAGGCAAGCUUUUGAAGAAGGAGAGGCUCUUCGGUACACCAAAGUCCAUACGAUGUAUACUUGUCCGGAACCUCCAAUUAUCCCAGUAACCUUCCUGACAAGCAAGGCGCAUGCCAAACUAAGAGGAUAUGAAGGUGUCAACUCGAUGAACGUUUCGUUCUCCUUCAGGACUUACGAAGAGACUGGCAUGAUGCUGUUCCAUGAAUUUACAAGCCGAGGGCAUGUUAAGGUUUAUCUAGAAGAAGGUAAAGUAAAAGUAGAGCUGGUCACCGAAAACAACCCCGUAGCAAUCCUAGACAACUACGAAGAGACUUUCAACGAUGGCAAAUGGCACAACCUAGUUUUGACAAUAUCAACCAAUUUACUAGUUCUGGAUAUCGACAAGAGACCCAUGAGAACCGUGAGGAUAAUAUCAAUGCAGACCGGAUCUCUGUACCUUAUAGCAGGUGGUAAGAACGGUCCAGGUUUUGUCGGCUGCAUGAGGAUGAUCUCGGUGGAUGGUAACUACAAAUUGCCAUCGGAUUGGAAGAAGGAGGAGUACUGCUGCGAUGGUGAGGUUGUUUUUGAUGCCUGCAGGAUGACCGACAGGUGCAACCCGAAUCCUUGCAAACAUAACGGAAUUUGCAGGCAGAACAGUAUUGAAUUUUUCUGUGAUUGCCAGAGCACUGGAUAUGCUGGAGCUGUCUGCCACACUUCUCUGAAUCCAUUAUCCUGCCAGGCUUACAAAAAUGUACAUUCCGUAAACGUUCGGGCUCGAAUAAAAAUUGACGUCGACGGAAGUGGACCCUUGGAUCCUUUCCCAGUAACGUGCGAGUUUUACAGUGAUGGUCGUGUGGUGACUCUUCUAAGUCACAGUCAAGAGCAUUCGACGAUCGUGGACGGUUUCCAGGAAGCAGGAAGCUUCAAACAGAAUAUUCUGUACGAUGCUUCUAUGAACCAAAUCGAGGCCUUGCUUAAUCGAUCCACCAGCUGUAGACAACGGUUGACUUAUGCCUGCAGGGCAUCCAAGUUGAUGAACUCACCAUCUGAAGAAGUUAACUUCCGUCCCAUGUCCUGGUGGGUGUCCAGACACAACCAGAGAAUGGACUACUGGGCAGGAGGUUUACCAGGAAGUAGGAAAUGCGAAUGCGGUAUUGCUGAUAAUUGUGUAGAUCCCACCAAAUGGUGCAACUGUGACGCUGGUAGACUUGAAUGGGAAGAAGAUGGCGGUGACAUUACAGAAAAGGAGUAUCUUCCUGUUAGACAACUGCGUUUUGGUGACACUGGCAAUCCUUUGGACGAGAAAGAGGGCAGAUAUACUUUGGGACCGUUGCUUUGUGAAGGGGAUGAUCUUUUCAACAACGUGGUGACUAUAAGGAUUAAAGAUGCCGCUUUGAAUAUUCCGACGUUCGAUAUGGGUCACAGUGGAGAUAUAUAUUUUGAAUUCAAGACUACUAUUGAGAAUGCUGUCUUAUUGCAUAGCACUGGACCUACAGACAACAUAAAGCUGUCGAUCAUCGGUGGAACCAAACUCCAGUUCCAAUAUCAAGCAGGAAGCGGACCAUUGGGUGUCAGUGUUGAAACCGCUUACCAUCUGAAUGACGACAACUGGCACUCCGUCAGCGUCGAGAGAAAUAGGAAGGAAGCUCGUAUAGUUGUGGACGGUGCCCAAAAAGCUGAAGUCAGAGAACCACCAGGACCAGUCAGAGCCUUACAUCUAACAUCCGAUUUAACAAUUGGUGCUUCUGUCGAUUAUCGUGACGGUUUUGUUGGUUGUAUACGUGCCUUGUUGCUGAAUGGAGAGUUGGUGGAUUUGAAAGGAUAUGCCAAGAGAGGUCUUUAUGGAAUUACCCAAGGUUGCGUCGGAAAAUGCGAGAGCAGCCCUUGUUUGAACAAUGGUAUUUGCCACGAGGGUUAUGAUGGAUAUUCAUGUGACUGCCGGUGGACUGCUUUUAAAGGACCUAUUUGUGCUGAUGAAAUUGGUGUGAAUUUGAGACAAAGCAGUAUGAUCAAGUACGAUUUUAUGGGUUCCUGGAGGUCUACGAUUAAGGAAAACAUCAGGGUUGGAUUUACGACGACGAACCCGAAAGGAUUUUUACUAGGGUUCUUCUCUAAUAUUACUGGAGAGUACUUGACCAUGAUGGUGUCCAAUUCAGGACACUUCAGGGUUGUCUUUGACUUUGGAUUUGAAAGACAAGAAGUUAUUUUUCCGAAUAAGCAUUUUGGACUUGGACAAUACCAUGAUGUGAGACUGUCCAGGAAAAACGCAGGAUCAACUCUAGUUCUUAAGAUUGACAAUUAUGAUCCAGUUGAGUACCAUUUCAACGUCAAAUCAUCAGCAGAUGCCCAGUUCAACAACAUCCAGUACAUGUACAUUGGCAAAAACGAAACCAUGACGGAAGGAUUUACAGGAUGUGUCUCUCGUGUUGAGUUUGAUGAUAUCUAUCCUUUGAAGUUGCUGUUCCAGCAGAACGGACCUGCUAAUGUUAAAUCUCUAGGAACUCCACUUACAGAAGAUUUCUGUGGUGUAGAACCGGUUACCCAUCCUCCAAAUGAAAUUGAGACCAGGCCACCUCCUCAAUUGGACGAGGAGAAGUUGAGGAAAGCCUAUAAUCAAGUUGAUAGUGCCAUUUUAGGAAGUGUUUUGGCAAUAAUCUUCCUCCUCCUGGUCAUAAUGGCGGUGCUGAUUGGACGUUACCUGGCCAGACACAAAGGCGAAUACCUGACCCAGGAGGAACGUGGUGCUGAAGUUGCCCUGGAUUCGGACACUGCCGUUAUGCAGGGACAUACAGGACACCAGGUCACCAGGAAGAGGGAGUGGUUUAUUUAGGACUAAUGAUAAAAUAGACAGAGGAUGAGGGAUUUAGAGUUCUCGUGAAUUUUUUUUUGUUAAAUGCGCACGGAGAUGAGGAGGAGGUU